UUAAAAAUAUGGAUGUAUCCCGAAGGGACUCGAACCAGGAGCUUGGAUGUUGAUAUGUUGGAGUUUAAGAAGGGUGCUUUCUACAUGGCCAUACAAGCACAGGUUCCCGUUGUUCCUGUUGUGAUGUCAUGUUAUAAACACAUGUACAGUACAGAGACAAAGACAUUCAAUAAAGUGACAGUCACUUUGAUUGGCUUGCCUCCAUUUGAGACAAAAGGACUGACUGAAGAUGACAUUCCAAGUUUAAUUGACAAGGUCAGGUCAAGUAUGUUGUCCACCUACCUGCCAACAGUUCCCAUGGAGAUUAAACACACAAAGAAUAUCAACUCACUGAUGCACGACAAGCAGAAUGGUAACAAAAUUAAGGAGCACGAACAGUGAGGGUAAAAUACAACAAAUAGAAAUUGUUUUAUUCAAAACUUGAUGUUUAAUACUGUCCAGUACAAGAUUGCCUCAUCAAGCAAUGGUAUUAUGUAUUGUAAUUACUUAUUCAUUUUAAAAUACUUAUAUCAAAACAAGGCCAAACCAAGAUUAAAACAAAUUAUUGUAAUAAUAUAUAACACAAUGACAAG